AUGGUCUUCACUUCCUCGAGUCCGGCGGUGCUACCGCCUAUCCCGGACAACAUUCCGAUCAGCCAGUUCAUGCUCACAGAGGCCAAUGGCCGAUAUCCCUUAGCCAAAGCACGAGACCCAUUUACUUGUGGUCUCACGGGAAAGACGUACUCGACCCUUGAGGUAAAGGACAGGGUCCAGUACAUGGCGCGUGCUCUCGCGAAGGCGCUUAAUUGGGAGCCCAACAGGGGCUCAGAAUGGGACAAGACACUCGUCAUCUUUAGCGUGAAUACGAUCGACACGUUACCUCUGGGUUGGGCAACGCACGAGCUGGGCGGAAUUGUUUCUCCCGCUAACGCGGCCUACUCCGCAGAGGAGCUCAAGCACCAGCUGCUAGAUUCGAAGGCGAAGGCUUUGUUCACAUGCGUUCCGCUUCUUCCUACGGCGUUGAAGGCGGCAUCUGCUGCAGGGUUGCCGAAGGACCGCAUUUACCUGAUCGAUGCCUUGCCCGACAGCGGCAAGAUUCCGACGCAAUACAAGACACUCUCGCAGUUUGUCGAGGAAGGGAAGUCUCUCCCGAAGCUGGAGAAACUGAACUGGCGUGCUGGUGAGGGUGCGCGGCGGACUGCCUAUCUGUGCUAUUCAAGCGGAACUUCUGGAUUACCUAAAGGAGUGAUGAUCUCGCACCGAAACGUCAUUGCCAAUGUUCUGCAGAUGGCGGCCUUGGAGAAGUCCUGGCGUGACACCAAGAAGAACGCCGACGGAAGCUACUAUAGCGACGUAUUGCUGGGCCUCCUUCCCCAGAGCCAUAUCUACGGACUGGUCGUUAUCUGCCAUGCCGGCACCUUCAGAGGUGACCAGGUCAUCGUUCUCCCCAAGUUCGAGUUGAGGACGUGCUUGGCUGCUGUUCAGAAGUUCCGGAUCUCUGUGCUGUUUGUGGUUCCUCCGAUCAUCAUCAACAUGCUUCGCAGCCCAGAUGUCUGCGCCGAGUAUGAUCUCAGCUCGGCAGUGGCCCUCUUAACAGGAGCAGCGCCUCUUGGCCAAGAAACAGCCCUUGACUUCCAGAAAAUGUACCCGAGGGUUGCUAUUCGCCAGGCAUACGGUCUUACCGAAACAGCAACGGUCGUUACAGCCACACACUUCGACGACGUGGUGCUCGGAUCUUCUGGUUGGCUCAUUCCGGGCGUGGAGGCACGCAUAGUGACUCCAGAAGGGGUGGAAGUCACCCAGUACGACACUCCCGGUGAGCUUUGGAUCCGAGCCCCUGGUGUCGUUCUCGGCUACCUCAACAACGAGAAAGCUACCAAAGAGACCUUCAUCGAUGGAUGGAUGCAUACCGGUGAUGAAGCCGUUAUUCGAAAGAGCGACAAGGGCAAGGAACAUGUGUUCAUUGUCGACCGAAUCAAGGAGUUGAUCAAAGUCAAGGGUCACCAAGUCGCCCCAGCCGAGCUUGAAGCUCAUCUCCUUACCCACCCGGCAGUCGCGGAUUGCGCUGUCAUUGCCAUUCCCGAUGACGCUGCCGGCGAAGUUCCAAAGGCGAUCGUCUCUAAAUCGGCCGAGGCCGGGCCAGACGACGAAGCGACAAUCAAGUCAAUCCUGAAAUACGUGCAAGACCACAAGGCGCGGCAUAAGUGGCUAAAGGGCGGCGUCCGGUUCAUCGAGACUGUGCCCAAAAGUCCCAGCGGGAAGAUUCUUCGACGACUCCUUCGUGACCAGGAAGCAGCAAUACGCAGACAAGCCGGCCCCAAGCUAUAG